GUAGACUGAACCUUGCUUUUGCCAGUAUUUACAGAUUCACUAAGAUGCGUCAGCGUUCCCCAGCAGACACUGAACUGCACAGCCUGCCACAGAUAUUUACUGUCUCUUCAGCGUAUCAGUGGGAAACGGGGCGGUGUAUUCUCUCUCUCUUUCUCUCACACACAAGCACACAGACACUGAGGGAGGGACCUACUGCCUGGAGGAGGGAGAGCUGCAAUCAGGGCAGAAGAGGAGAAAAAGAGGUGCAUAACGGAGGGACACUGGGGGACUGGAGAGGACAAAGGGAGAAAAAGGUACAUAGCAUUUCAGAGAUGGAUGAGUCUUAACUAAGAGAGCAGGAAGGAAGGCAGAGAAAGGGAGAGAAGGACAGCUGUGGGGAAGGGAAACAGAAGGGAGUUCAGAGACUGAGUCAGCUUGAAAAGAACAAACACCAGGAGACAAGUGCAGAGAGCACCCCAGCAUAAAAAGAAGGACCUGUUUUGUUUGAGUCUUCACUAUGAGCACAAGAAAGAGCUGCCCCCUGUCACUGGAGCAAGAAGAUGGGGAGCAAAAACAGAGUGAGGGUACCCCUGAUCUGGAGCGACAGGACAGUGAAGUGGAGCUGAGGAACAAAGCUAUUCUGCAACAGAAGAGACGCCUUAAACAGGCCACACAGUUUGUGCACAAGGACUCUGCUGACCUGCUGCCCCUGGAUGGCUUGACAAGGCUUGGCACCUCUAAGGAUCUGCAGCCACAUAGUGUGGUCCAGCGGCGCCUCAUGGAAGGCAAUCUGAACAAGCUGCGGGGCGAGACCAGGGUUCGGUCUGCAUGGGUUCAAUCUCCACUGGCAAAAGACCGGGAUGAAAAGAUGGAAAAGGGAGAGGACAGGACAAAAGAGACCUCAGCCCUGCUAAUACAGUGCCAGUGCCAAGGUCAGGUAUUGAAAGCCACUGUUAAUACUGGAUGUCUGCCAAAUCUCAUCUCCAAGAGAUGUUUAUACCAGCUGGGGCUGGAAGAAUUGUCUGUCAAGGACUGUGGAGACCUUUCUCUUCCCAUCCACAACAUUGUUGGCCGAGUAGAACAUAUGGAAAUGCAAUUUGGCCAGGAGAAAGUGCUGUGUUCAGCACUGGUUGUAGAUGAUGAAAUGCUGGAGUUUUGCAUUGGUCUCCAGACUCUGUUGUCUCUCAAGUGUUGCAUCGACUUGGAGGAAGGAGUCCUGAGAUUUAAAACACUGAAUCAAGAUUUGCCUUUUCUACAUGCUUUUGAAGAGCCUGGUCAGUGACUGACUGCAUUCCCCAUGUCUGGGGCUGAGAAGACUUGCUGCCAUAUGAGAGAGAUGAGGGUGAGGCUCACGUGCCCCUAACCUUGCCAAGUUCUGGGUUGAUGCAUUCACCAUGAAGUGAGAAAAAGACAAAUGGGUGCUGGAAACUUGUUACUGGGAGUGUCUCAUCUUGGGAGAGCUCUCCCUCCUUUCAUUAGACCCUCUGCUUGUCCCCAUGCACUGAGUGGGCUUUUUCUUGUUGUUUUUCUGUCUGUCCCUAGGCCUCUGAUUUCUGUUUCUCCCUACCCUUUUAAUGACAUUUUUUUUUUUACAAUACCCUCUGUUCAUGAGACAAGAGAGUCACUGUGAAGAGGCUGCAGUUGUUCUAUGGACAGGACAGUGCUUUCUCCAAAAGCCUCCAAAGAUUGCUGUGUAUGUUUCCCUUAGCUCUUUUCCUCAGCGUGAACAGACUCCACUCUCCUUUCUUUGUGGGAAGGGCUCUGUGGCCAGCCCCCUCACCUGCACUCUGGGAAGCUGGGUUUUGUUACUUCUUUGCUGGCUCAGAGCAGAACAGGAUUUUAUUGAAAAAAAAAAAAAAAAUGCAGCAAGAGCACUUUUAGAGUUCUUAAUUCUAAGAAACCUUUGAAAAAAAAA